AAAGCCUCAGCUCAGCGCAAGCAGUUGAACAGAAAUUUAUUGUUUUGGUUAAUGGUCGACUACUCGACUGAAUAAUUAUGAUAUAGGAAUAAUUCGCCUAUCUCUGUCUUCAAUUUAGUAGAUAAGUGUAGGCGUUAAUCUCGUUUUCACGGAAAAAACUUGUCUUCUCUGAUUGCAAGUUUCGGCCAAAUAUGACGAUGGAGGCAAAGACCGAGUCGGUUGUUGACGCGCCUGUGGUUGCGCCGCCAGGAACGGUGAGAGAUAUGUCUGACGCGGAGAGCUUGAACCUAGGCGUGGAGGAGAUGUUCGUAAAAGUUGACCAGCUUGAGCAGAAAUUCAAUGAGGUUCAACAAUUCUACUCCACUUCAAAUGCAAAGCACCUGGACACUCGUGUUGGUUCUUUAGUGAAGGAAAAAGAAAGGGACAAGUUUUCUGCGAGCAGCUUUAAGAAGAAGCAGCAAGAUAUUGCAAGUAGGGAAGCCGUUGCUGCUCAGAGAAUGCAAGAGCUUAUGCGCCAAUUUGGGAUGAUAUUGCGACAGUUAACUCAACACCAGUGGGCGGGACCAUUCUUGCAGCCUGUGGAUGUAGUAGGUCUUGGUUUGCACGAUUACUAUGAGGUUAUUGAGAAGCCCAUGGAUUUCAGCACUAUCAAAUGCAGAAUGGAGGCCAAAGAUGGUACUGGGUAUAAAAAUGUUCGAGAAGUAUGCGCUGACGUGAGGCUGAUAUUCAAGAAUGCAAUGAAGUAUAACAAAGAAAGAGAUGAUGUUCAUGUUAUGGCCAAAACUUUGUUGGAUAAAUUUGAGACGAAAUGGUUGCAACUUCUCCCAAAAGUUGAUGAAGAGGAAGAAAGGCGGAGAGAAGAAGAAGCUGAUAUGCAACUAGAUGUACAGUUUGCACAAGAGGCUGCUUAUGCCAAAAUGACUAGAGAAUUAUGUUUUGAUCUGGAUGAGGUUGAUGCACAACUUGAGGAACUCAGAGAUUCGGUACUUCAGAAAUGCAGAAAGAUGACAACCGAAGAAAAGAAACGACUUGGGAGUGCCAUCACUCGUCUAUCUCCUGAGGACAUCAAUAAGGCUGUAGACAUAAUUGCCCAGAACGACCCCACGUUUCAAGCAGCUGGAGAAACUGUUGAAGUUGACAUUGACGCGCAGAGUGAAUCCACCUUGUGGAAAUUGAAAUUUUUCGUCAAAGACACGUUACCACUGCAGAUGAAGAGUUCAACCAGCACUGGAGGGAACAUCAACGGCGACAACAACCAGAACUGCAAUAACAAACGAAAGCGGGAUGUACCAGAAAGCCUAGCUAAAACUGCACAGAAAAAGAGCAAAAAGCCCCCUAACUGAGGAUGACCUGCAAUUAUGUAUCAGAAGCUGUAUGUAAAUGAUGAAUUAUCAUUGUAUAGAUGCCCGAAGAAAUGUCUGAAAUUGUCUUCGUAGUUGUUUCGUACUAGAUAACGAAGUUGUUUUUUCUUUGGUGGCAUGCAAAAGGCAUGAGAAAAAGAGUGUAGUAGAUAGGCUUCUAUGUCAUAAAACUUUGACUUUUGGUACCGAUUUGAGUUGGUGAUUCCUCCGUCAA